UGGAAGACGAUGUCAGUUCCGAUAUUGCGAAAUGAGUUGAAAAAGGCAGAGUUCGUUUCUUGUCAUUUUGGACAUGUCACAGAGUACGCGAAAGUACUUCUGGACUUGACUCACAACAAAUGUGCCAAAAAAUUCAUCGUUUUGUUAAAAUGUUUAGAAAAGAACAACAAUUUAAGAUGUUUAAGUAUUACACCACCUCAUUGCCAAAAAAUGAAAAGAUGUAAGUGGAAGCGAGAUGAGGGUACAGUUAGAAGAUUGCUGGAAAAUAUCAUUCCUAAACUAGAGGAAUUAACAUUAGGUAAUUUAGAAGACAUUCCCAUGAGUAUGGAGGAAAUAUGCCACAAACUGAAUCCUUCUUUGAAAUGUCUAAUGCUGGCUACUCAGAGAAGUAACUUUGCAAGAAAUCAUGAGGUUUCUUUCGAUCCAAAAGUUCUUAGUCGCUUCACGAAAUUACAG